AUGUCGCUCACCGAGAUUCGAAAUGGCGUUCUCUUGUUCAGCAACCCGGUGUGGGAGGGUGCCAAAACGGUCCCAUCGACCCUCGUCAGGAACAUUUCCGCGCUGUCGAGCCAGAUAGGAUACGAGGAUCGCAUCUCCACCAAUCUCACCACCCUCACCACCACAAACGCCCCCAAGCUCGACGGCACCUUUGGCGGUCUCUUGUUUGUCCCCCAGGUCACGACCGUCCCCUCGUGCGAUGCCCAGCAGUACAACUUCAUCCCCCGCAAUGUCACACGCCGCGAGCAGCUGCCCCCGAGCAACUUCAAUGUCGUCGCCAUCGCCCCUUGGUUCAGCAUGGAAUGCACGCUGGCAUACCUGGCCUCGGCUGCUCGCGGCCCCGUCCGCGCAUUCAUUUUCUACAAACCCAAUAACUCGACCAACAAGCCCCAAGAGGUCGACUCCCCGGUCUGGAACCUGGACGACGAUGAGGAAUGGAAGAAGAAGCAUCACUUCCCCAUAUUCGCCGUCUCGGGUCUCGAGGGCCAGAGGAUGAUGACGCAGCUGAGCCUCUACUCGGGCACCACCGAUCGGGUCCCUCACGGAGAGGAAAUCAACCAGCUUUACGGGCCGAGCCCCGAUGACUACGUGCGCAUAUGGACCGAUCUCACCAUGCAAAACUCGUCCAACGUCCCUGCUGUCUGGGCCUUUGUCCUCAUUGUCAUUGGAGCCUUGCUCUUCGUCAUCACCGCUGUUUCGCUUGUCAUGCAUUUUAUUCAGCGGCGGAACCGCACGUCGUUGAGGCGCCGCGUCCAGUCUGGCGAUGUUGAUCUCGAGGCCAUGGGCAUCAAACGGCUGACGGUGCCGCCGUCUCAUGUCGAGAGCUUCGCACUGUUUACCUACAAUGCGGAUCCAGACCUGGUUGACGCCACACCGGCUCCGAACUCGCCCGCCGCCAACCCCGCCACGCACCCGAUAAGGUCUUCGCGCAGAAGCCGACGCGCGGAUCAGCGAAACGGAACAUCCGACGCCAUGCCUCUUGGCAGCAUGCGAAGCUCGCGCAGCGUUCGAAGCAUCCGCAGCAAGCGAUCCAGCAUCACGGGCACCGCGGAUACGACGGCGACGAAUUUCCAGCCCAACUGCCACAUAUGCCUUGCCAGCUUCGAACACUGCAAAACCAUUAUUCGAGAACUGCCCUGCGGCCACAUUUUCCAUCCGGCUUGCAUCGACGAGUUCUUGACGCAAAACAGCUCGCUCUGUCCCAUGUGCAAGCACUGUAUGCUGCCUCGAGGCUACAGCCCAAAGAUCACCAAUGGCAUGGUUCGACGCGAGCAGGCCGUGCGGCGGCUGAGGGAACGGGUUGACCUCGAAGACUCGUCAAUCAACUCCGGGGACACGAAGUUUAAAGAAUGGGGCAAGCGGCUCUUCAGUACCUCAGGUCAUGCGUCGCCGCCGGCCUCGUCCGAGGUGCACAUGGCUUCUCGGCCAGGUGCGCAGACCUCUGAGCCGAAAGCAGCAGCCGCCGAAGCCGACGGUGCUGCCUCGAGUCCAGACACGUCGGAAGCGUUCCAAGCCCCUACCGGAGCCAAGAAGGCGAGACCUCGCAAGUCCCGUCCUCGGGCGUUGAGGCUGCUGCCCACCCACCACGAAGAGACAGAACCGAAGGAAACGGCCACUGUGGGACGGUCGAGCCCUUCAUCUUUUGCCCGGGAACGAAUGCGGCAAAUCGCGGCAAAGAACGCGCCAUUUGACGAUCCGGACCACCAGCGUCCCAAGUGGCGACGAGCGUUGUCGAAAGCGUUCCCCGGCUUUACAUAG